GCAGAUCGGGAGCGGUGCCAAGAAAAAUUUCCUUACUAGAUGACAUUUCAUCGCAAUGUCCGAUCGUUUGGGGCAAAUAACCAAGGGCAAGGAUGGGAAAAGCAAGUAUUCGACUCUCAGCCUGUUUGAUAAGUAUAAAGGAAAAUCAGUAGACGCGAUCAGAUCCUCAGUUCUUCCUAGACAUGGCUUACAGAGUCUCGGGAAAGUUGCCACAGCCCGGCGUAUGCCACCGCCUGCAAACCUACCAAGCUUGAAGUCUGAAAACAAAGGAAACGACCCCAACAUCGUUAUAGUGCCCAAGGACGGGACGGGAUGGGCAAACAAGGAGCAGCAAGACCCAAAGAGUUCCAGUGCGACGGCCUCUCAGCCGCCGGAGUCGCAGCCGCAGCCGGGUUUGCAGAAAUCUGUCUCCAAUUUACAGAAGCCGACACAGUCAAUCAGUCAAGAGAGUACAAGUUCAGCGCCAGGUGGACCAAAGUCAUGGGCACAGCUGAAUGGAAAGCCAGCAGGACACGAAGGUGGUUUAAGGGGCUCAAGCCGACUGUUAUCCUUCUCUCCCGAGGAAUUUCCGACGCUGAAAGCAGCUGGAGGGCAGGACAAGGCUGGCAGAGAAAAGGGCGUCUUAGAUCUGUCGUAUGGGCCAGGACCAAGCCUCCGCCCUCAGAAUGUGACAAGCUGGAGGGAGGGCGGUGGGCGAAACAUAAUUUCUGCCACGUCUCUGAGCGCCUCCCCAACUGAGCUGGGCAACAGGAACUCAAGUGCGGGAGACGGAGCCCCCUCCUCGGCAUGUACCAGCGAUUCUAAGGACCCCUCUCUCCGCCCGGCUCAGCCUGUCCGAAAAGGGGCUUCACAGUCCAUGGGGAGUGUAUACCACCCACCUACAUACCAUGACAUGCUUCCUGCUUUUAUGUGUUCGCCACAGUCAUCAGAGAACCAGGGUACAGUGGAACGAGGAUCUUUUCCCCUUCCCCAGCUCCGUCUUGAGCCCCGUGUUCCUUUUAGACAGUUCCAGAUGAAUGACCAAGACGGAAAAGAAAACAGGAUGGGGGUGACUCGCCCGGUCCGUCCCCUGAGGCAGCUGGUGGAACGGGCGCCACGGCCCACCAUUAUCAAUGCGGAAAACCUGAAGGGCCUUGACGAUCUGGACACCGACGCUGACGAUGGCUGGGCAGGCCUCCAUGAGGAAGUGGACUACUCUGAGAAAUUGAAGUUCAGUGAUGAUGAAGAGGAGGAAGAAGCUGUGAAGGAUGGCAGGCCAAAGUGGAACAGCUGGGACCCCAGGCGGCAGCGGCAGUUGUCAAUGAGCUCUGCAGACAGUGCUGAUGCCAAGCGCACCCAAGAGGAAGGGAAGGACUGGGGUGAGACAGUAGGCAUGAGCCGUGUCGUCCGGAAGGUGCCAGAACCUCAGCCGCCUUCCAGGAAGCUUCACAGCUGGGCGUCAAGCCCUGACUACCAGAAGUCCUCCAUAGGCAGCAUGUUCCGGCAGCAGUCUGUAGAAGACAAAGAGGACAAGCCGCCGCCGCGGCAGAAGUUCAUCCAGUCAGAGAUGUCUGAGGCUGUGGAACGAGCCCGAAAGCGCCGGGAAGAGGAGGAGCGCCGGGCCCGGGAGGAGCGGUUGGCCGCCUGUGCUGCCAAACUCAAGCAGCUGGACCAGAAGUGUAAGCAGGCGCAGAAGGCGAGCGAGGCCCAGAAACAGGUGGAGAAGGAGGUUCCCCGCUCUCCAGGCAUCGAGAAAGUGCCUACACAGGAGAAUGGCCCUGCUGUCCGCAAAGGCUCCCCUGAGUUCCCUGCCCACGAAGCCCCCAACAUGUUUUCGGAAGAAGCUCCCACAGCUCCUCCAGCUGUGGCUCAGAGCGGCAGCAGUGAGGAGGGGGCCAGGGAGGCUGGAUCCCCUGCACAGGAAUUCAGCAAGUACCAGAAGUCCCUUCCUCCCCGAUUUCAGCGCCAGCAGCAGCAGCAGCAGCAGCAGCAGCAGCAGCAGCAGCAGCAGCAGCAGCAGCAGCAGCAGGAGCAGCUGUACAAGAUGCAGCACUGGCAGCCGGUGUACCCUCCUCCGCCUUCGCACCCACAGCGCACCUUCUACCCGCACCACCCCCAGAUGCUGGGCUUCGAUCCCAGGUGGAUGAUGAUGCCUUCCUACAUGGACCCCCGGAUCACGCCCACCCGGACCCCAGUGGACUUCUAUCCCUCAGCCCUGCACCCCUCGGGAUUGAUGAAACCCAUGAUGCCCCAAGAUCCCCUCGGUGGGACUGGCUGUCGCUCUGAGGACCAGAGCUGUGUGCCCCCACUGCAGGAAAGGAAGGUGACUGCCAUCGAUCCAGCCCCUGUGUGGGGCCCCGAGGGCUACAUGGCGUUGCAGAGCAAGGGCUACUCGCUCCCCCACCCGAAAUCCAACGACACUUUGGCCAUGGACGUGCAUGUCAGGAAUGAAAGCUCUUACUCUGCCUCACCCGGAAGGUCAGGGGGCGUAAGUGCCCAGCGAGAUCUCCUUGAGGAGAGAGGGGAGGAGUACUUGAGUGCUUUUGACAAGAAGGCCCCCGCAGACUUUGACAGCUGUGUCUCUUCUCAAAGAAUAGGCCAGGAGCUUUUGUUUCCAUCCCAAGAAAAUGUUCAGGAAGCAGGUGCUCCUGGGAGUCACACCCCAAACCUCAGGUGUUCCCCCUUGGAGCCCGACUUUUCCCCUGCUGAGAAAAAACCAGAGUAUAGCAGUUGGGACAUUAGCCACCAGCCAAAGGCCGCUGACACAGCCACCGCUGCUGAGAAGGAGGCGCCCCGGGAGGAGCCAUCCUUUAGCGUCUCCUCCUGGGAGAAGGAAGGGAGCCCCAACAAACAGCCAUCCCUGGAGCCCGAGUGGACACCGGAACCCCGGGGCUCUGGCAGCCAGCACCAGGAGCAGACCAGCAGGGCCCGGAGGUCGGGGCCCAUCAAGAAACCUGUCCUGAAAGCCCUCAAGGUGGAAGACAAGGAGAAGGAACUCGAGAAGAUGAAGCAGGAGCCAGGAGAAGGGAGUGUCCACCUGGCCCAGGAGAAGGGGCCCGUCCGUCAGAUGGCAGAGAACGAGGACCAAGAGAACGACCCAGCACUGGCCAACUCGGGCCCCGCCCCCCCAGAGGACCUGGGCUCUGCCCACGCUGGUUUGGGCCACGAGGCCAGCAAGCGCGAGGAGGAUGAGAAGCCCGACAGGGCCUGGGAGACCAGACCCUCCCGAGAGUCCAGCGACACCCCCCCGACAAAGAGGAAUAACUGGAUCUUUAUUGACGAGGAGCAAGCCUUUGGGGGCCGAGGGCAGGUGCGGACCCGUGGCCGCGGUUUCAGAGAGUUCACCUUCCGCGGGCGGCCUGCCGGCGGCCUCUGCAGUGGGGGGGUUCUCGGGGCACGAGGCAUCUACAGCAGCAGCCAGAGAAGUGGCCGAGGCCGGGGACUGCGGGAGUUCGGUCAGCCGGAGGACUUCCCUCGGGCCAAGCCCCGGCGGAGGAUCGCCAGCGAGACCCACAGUGAGGGCUCCGAGUACGAAGAGCUUCCCAAGCGGCGGCGGCAGAGGGGCGCGGAGCCCGGGGACGAAGGCCCACUCCCUGAGAGGGAGGAGGGCGCCUCGAGGAAAGGCGACUUCAGAGAGUCCUGGCGGUCCAGCAGGGUGUACCCCGAGGACCAUGGUGGACUGGAUGCCAAGAACCGAGGCCCUCGGGCCUUUGGGCGAGCCCUUCCGCCGCGGCUGAGCAAUUGCGCAUAUGGUCGGAGAACCUUCAUGUCCAGGGACCCCACCCACUGGCAGGGCAAGAGCCUGGCUGCCUCCCGGCAGGAGUACGGCCCUCCCGACGCCUGCGGGGCCCGGCGGCCCCCAGACCGAGAUCUUAUCCCGGACACCUACAGACACUCAGAUGCGCUGGGCGCGCGGGCCUUUGAGGACAGCCGCGUGGAGGACAAGAGGUCCUUCUUUCAAGAUGACCACACGGCAGACUCUGAGAACGCCGAGAACCGGCCCUUCAGGAGAAGGCGGCCCCCACGCCAGGACAAACCACCUCGCUUCCGGCGCCUCCGGCAGGAGCGAGAAUCCCUGGGCCUAUGGGGGCCAGAGGAGGAGCCCCCUCUGCUGGCUGGCCCGUGGCCAGGCCGGCCCAGGCUGUGUCCUGGGGACAAGGGUGGUGCUGUGGGCCGCAGGUCCCCUGAGCUCUCAUACCAGAAUUCCUCCGAUCCAGCCAAUGAGGAGUGGGAGACGGCCUCCGAGAGCAGCGACUUCAGCGAGCGACGGGAACGGCGAGACGGCCCCGAGCCCGACCCCCAGGUGGACGGCAGCCUGCCUGGGGCAGGUUUGGGCGAGAAGAAGGAGUUGGCCAAGAGGAGCUUCUCCAGUCAGAGACCCCUGGUUGACAGACAGAGCCGAAAGCUGGAGCCGGGAGGGUUUGGGGAGAAGGCUGUUAGGCCAGGUGGUGGUGAAACUUCUCCCCGUUAUGAGAGCCAACAGAGUGGGACGCCUUUGAAAGCCAAAAGGUCCCCAGAAGAGGCCUUGCCUGGAGGCCUGGGCUGCAGCACUGGGAGCGGCCACUACACGCUGGAGAGGGCACUCCAUGCCACCUCUGACAUCCCUGAAGCCUCCUGUGAGAAGACAGAGAAGGAGCCCAAGCUGACUGUUCAGAGGGCAGGCGAGCAGGGAGAGACCAUGAAACAGUUUGACCUGAGCUAUGGAAAUGCCAUCGUUGAAAAUUGCGGGUCCAGCCCAGGGGAGGAGAGUGAGGUGGGCUCUAUGGUGGGAGAAGGCUUCAUUGAAGUCCUGACCAAGAAACAGCGCCGCCUGCUGGAGGAAGAGAGGAGAAAGAAAGAGCAAGCCGUGCAGGUACCUGUCAAAGGUCGAGGUCUUUCCUCUCGUAUCCCUCCUCGGUUUGCUAAAAAGCAAAACAACCUGUGCCUGGAGCAAGGCGAUGGGACUGUGCCUGGCAGUAGCCUGGGCACCGAGAUCUGGGAGAGCAGCAGCCAGGCCCUCCCCAUUCAGGCCUCAACCAGCGACUCCUGGACCAAAGCUGCCACUGCCUUCAACAGCGCUGAGCCUGGCUCUGCUGAGCAGGGUUUUAAGAGCAGCCAGGGAGAUAGUGGCGUUGACCUGAGCGCCGAGUCUCGAGAGUCAUCUGCGACCUCCUCGCAGCGCAGCUCCCCGUAUGGCACUCUGAAGCCAGAGGAGGUGAGCGGGCCGGGCCUGGAAGCCAAGGCCGACGGCCACAAGGAGCAGGCGCAGAAGCAGUCGGAGCCAAAGGAUUCAGAACAAGGCUCAGGACAGAGCAAGGAGCACAGACCGGGACCUAUCGGCAACGAGCGUUCUCUGAAAAACAGAAAGGGCUCGGAGGGGGCCGAGCGGCUGCAGGGGGCCGUGGUCCCACCUGUUAAUGGGGUAGAGAUUCACGUGGACUCCGUGCUGCCGGUGCCACCCAUUGAAUUUGGAGUCAAUCCAAAAGACUCUGACUUUAGCUUGCAGCCUGGUUCUGCCUCUGGUCCCACAGGGAAUCCAGUUGUUAAACUUCAGGACGCGUUGGCCAGUAAUGCUGGGCUGACGCAGAGCAUUCCCAUUCUCCGGCGCGACCAUCACAUCCAGAGGGCCAUGGGCCUCUCCCAGAUGUCCUUCCCCACCGCUGACCUCACUCUGAAGAUGGAGUCUGCGCGCAAGGCUUGGGAAAACUCACCCAGUUUGCCGGAGCAGAGCUCUCCAGGAGGCGCUGGCUCGGGCCUCCAGCCCCCAUCCUCUGCGGGAGCCUCCAGCGGGGUCAGCUACAGCUCCUUCGGCGGAGUCUCCAUGCCGCCCAUGCCCGUGGCCUCAGUGGCACCUUCUGCUUCCCUUCCAGGCAACCACCUGGCACCUCUCUACCUGGAUGGCCAUGUGUUUGCAAGUCAGCCCCGGCUGGUCCCUCAAACGAUACCUCAGCAGCAGAGUUACCAACAGGCCGCCGCUGCCCAGCAGAUCCCAAUUUCCCUUCACACAUCUCUGCAGGCUCAAGCUCAGCUUGGACUGAGGGGCGGGCUCCCCGUCUCCCAGUCUCAGGAGAUCUUCAGCUCCUUACAGCCCUUCAGAUCUCAGGUGUACAUGCACCCCAGCCUGUCACCGCCCAGCACCAUGAUCCUCUCUGGAGGCACAGCCUUGAAGCCCCCGUACUCGGCGUUCCCAGGCAUGCAGCCUUUGGAGAUGGUGAAGCCCCAGUCCGGCUCGCCCUACCAGCCCAUGAGUGGAAACCAAGCCCUGGUCUACGAGAGCCAGCUUGGCCAGGCUGCAGGGCUCAGCGCCUCCCAGAUGUUGGACUCCCAGCUCCCACAGCUGACGAUGCCGCUGCCCGGCUCCCAGCUGCCCCUGCCUCGCUAUGGCUCCGGGCAGCAGCCCCUGAUCCUGCCACAAUCCAUCCAGCUGCCGCAGGGGCAAAGCCUCUCUGUCGGGGCCCCCCGAAGAAUUCUCCCGCCUGGGUCCCAGCCUUCGGUCCUUAACACCAGCAGAGAGUCCUCUCAGAUGGAGAUGAAGGGCUUCCACUUUGCCGACAGUAAGCAGAAUGUUCCUUCAGGAGGCUCUGUGCCGUCGCCACAGACCUACAGGCCUAGCUCUGCUAGCCCCAGUGGGAAGCCCUCUGGAUCAGCAGUUAACAUGGGCUCUGUGCAGGGACACUACGUUCAACAGGCCAAACAACGAGUGGAUGAAAAGCCCAGCCUGGGAGGCGUGAAGCUGCAGGAGGCGCCCUCAGCCGCUUCCCCGAUGAAGCGAACGGGAGCCAUCAAGCCUCGGGCAGUCAAAGUGGAGGAGAGCAAGGCCUGAAGGGGCUCUGGCCGCCUGCCCCGAGGACCGCCGCCACGCAACCGGAUGCUGAUGCUGCGGAGUCUCACCGACGGAUGGAUGCACCGUCCACCCCCGGGAGGGACUGAGAGACCUCCCUCUCUUCUCCACUCCUGAAAGCAACGUCGUCCAACCAGCUUGCACCCCUGGAUACGUGGCAUUGACCUGCUUGCUUGAAUACGAAACAAACAAAAAAGCAGACGACUCCAUUCCCAUCUCCUUUCCGCCACGACUGCGGAGGGACAGCCUUCGCGCAGUGCAGAUGAGCCGUCCCUCCUGUCCCGCUCCCUCCUGGCCGCAGGGGCCCUCACAGCGCUUUCUCCCCGCCCGCCUCCUGUCUGUCCCCAGGCACACUGGUUUGGCAGCAGGGCCAUUUUAUUAGUUGGAGACUUUUUGUUUUAAAAAGCAGCUAAAGAUUUUACAAAGGAGAAAGGAAAAGAAAACAAAAACACAAGCUAUGUCUGUGUAGCUGGACUUUUAUAUGUCCUUCACCAUUCUCUCCCCACCCCCUUUUCUGUUCUGGUAGUUUCCUAUGAACUCUCUCCUGUUAGUUUGGCACAUCACAGCGAUACCUUAAGAGAUGACUCUUAAGAAUGUGUCCUCUCCUGAUCUCUGUUGGUUAAUCCUUGAGGUUACUUGUAAAAAGGAGUGGUGAUUUAAGAUACGCUCCUAAGCACAGGGUGUCCCACCGUGUGCUUGGGAGGUGGUGAUGCGGCGGGGAGGGUGGGCGGGUGGGCGGCGUUUCAGUUGAGUUCCAGCCCCUGGCCUGAUGGCCCAGGGGAGCUUACGGGCAGCCCAGUGAGGUUAAUGGCGUUUUUAGCAUAAGAAUUAAACAGAAUUUCUGUCUUAGACUCUUCUGAAGCUAGUGGGAACACUGACCGCUGGGCACCCAAGGUGAAUCAUGGAGAUUAAGGCUCUGGCAUUUUCCAGCUUGGCCUGGGCAGUGCACGGACAGCACCAGGCACCAUCACCCUUCAGCGUCUCUGCUUCUGGGGCUUCAGCACCUUCAGGGGCUGUUUCACAUACUCCCCCUUUCCUCAAACUUUCCAUAUCAUGCCCGUCUCCUUCCUUCUUCCUGAGCCUGCUGCCUCCUCUCUGGGUCCUCCUGUCCCUCCACUUCCCAUGCAGCUAGAAACCGGUUCCUCCGUGUGGUGAUGGGAGUGGGGGUGGCUGUCACCAGAGACCGUGCAGUUCCUCUGCAUAGUGACCAGAGGGCAUGGAUGGCGGUUUGGCUGGAUCUGCACGUGGUCUGGGAGGCUGCUGGGACAGAGAGGCCUGAACUGAGCAGUGGGUGUGGGUCUUUGCAGAGGCCAGAGCAGGGUCCGGGGGAAGGUAAGAUGGGUCGCAGGGCUGACCGUGGUUCUGGAACAGCCUGGGUGGUCUCUUGAGUCUGCAGAGCCGCCUCUGUCAGGAUGUGUGUGUGAGGCAUUUUAUGCUGGGGGUUUUCUUGUUUUUAAAAGAAGAACUAGAAGGAAAUCCUCCCAGAUUCUGUCAUCCCAAGGAAGGGCGAGAGGAUGUUUAUUUCAAGCUUUGCACAUUCUCUUCAGAGUAACUAACCAGCCAUCUACCUGUCAUUGCUGGUGGGUCCAGGGAAGACCUGGCUCAGAGGAUGAGGGGGUAGGCAAUAGGGGAUGUGCCCCGGGCCGUGGUCUUCGGCUCCGUGUCCAGUGAGGACACAGGAAAGGAAGUGCCUCGGGGACCACUGGGGUCACUGCUCGUUGCUCCUCACUGCUUUAAGGGAAUGGGGACAGCCUCCUAGCAGAGUGCCCAGGUCUCUUCCUGGGGUCAUCUGGAGAGGACCGGAUGCUUUACUGCUUAAACAAUAGCUUUCAGCACUCCCCUCCUUGCCUCUACUCUCAGACCUUACUUCUCACUAGCCUGUCUUUUUUUCUCCUUCAUCCCCUGAAUCUUGACCCUAAAGUCCCUUCUCAAAGGGCCACCCAUUGAAUGGAGGGCCCCGUGUGCCCAUGCGCUCUCCACCCACUUCCCCGGCGGGCAUCUGGCUGCUGUCCCAGUCCCGAGCCGCCCUCCUCUCUGCUUCCGGCCGCCCCUGCGGGAGCCACACACUUACAGUUAGAAAACACGGCCAGACCCCUCACACUUAAUUCCAGUGCACGUUGUCUAUCAAAAGGAAAAAAGUUUUUGUCACUUUGGAAUUCAACAGAACAGUCCUGGAUGCUGUUACAAACUCAAGAUGUACCCUUCAGGUGAACCUGCCAUCACAGUGACAGUGCUCCCUGUUUGAGGGGGGAAAAAAGGGUCACCUGUUAUCCUGCCCUUUUCUCUACCCCUGUAUCCCCCACUCCCCAAUAAAAACAGAAAACACUAGAAUUUAUUUAUAUGUAUUGAUGUUGUAGGUCUAGGUGAAAAAAAGGUAAAUGUUUCACUGCUCUAUUUAUAUAUAAUGUCUGAAUUAUUCUGUGCAGGAAAGGCCAGGAAAUUGCAUGUGAAGUUCAGUGCGUUUACCACCUCUCUGUGCCCAAGCUGUGGUCUCUUUCCCACUAAGAUACGGAUUUUGAAUUGAACUCUGGAGGCAGAAGGUAGGCCUCAGGCCUGCCCAACACCCAGUCCCUUCCUUGGCCUGAUUAAAUGCAGAGUUAAUCAGGUCUGAUUAGUGCAGACAUGUUUUAAGGUGCAAUAUCUCUCCUCUAAUGUGGUUUUUAGAGCCAAGCUCAAGGUAAUAGGACUUAAGGUCUUACUUUGGCUUCAAAUCCCCAUCCUCAGAGUGCAUGUCCAUGCAGAGGCCUCUGCCAGAAUGCUGUGAGGCUUUGGCGGGAACAGGCGAAGACCAGCACUUAACUUUUCUGCCACUGAGGUUGUGGGGGGUGUCAGAACCUUCUCCCUGCACCUUUGCCUACUAAAAAUGCCCUCUCUUCUGAUGCUGGCAGCUUUGCCCUGGCUGUUGAAGCUGUAGCCCGCUACUCGGCAGCAGUGACCCGCCGUAGUGCACGUCCAGCGUCAGUUUCUCAGUGGGGUGAAGCCCCAGAGUGUGGGUUCAUGUAUCUGUGAGGCGUCGUCCCCCACUGAAGACUUCUUUGUCAGCUGUAUUUGGUCUGGUUUUCUUUACCAUUGCUUCUCUCUCUUUUUUUUUUAAUCAACAUGAUUACUGUUUUCAAACUUGGAAUUCAUACACUUCUGGCUCUUGGUUCUUUAAGGGGGAAAACUAAAGGAUGACUUUCCCACAUUCAGGAAACUCGGUUGGUCCGGUUCCAAAGCCAUGGCUAUUCCAGCCAUUUUGAGGGGAUACUGUGGUAGCUUGUUAAAUAUUGGCAUCAGUUCUCUCCAGCCGUACCCUCGUCCUCCUGUCUUCUGGAUCCACCUUCUGGAUGGUUGAUGAGGUUUGUGACUAAUGCCCACGGGCCAAGGAGGUGGAGGGUGUGCACACGUGUGCAGCCUCAUGCAGAUCUGGCCCCUUGGGGCAGUGGGUGGUGAACUGGGAAAGCCCCCUCUGCUGUUUGGUUCCCCUCUGCCAAGUAGCUGCAUGUUGCCUCUCAAAUUUGCAUUUGUUCCUUUUCCCUUCUUGCAGAGCAAGCCUGGGUUAGAAGGUCUGUUGGAAAUGGCCUUCCACAGCCAAGGACACUAGAAUGUUUGUGCUUUGUUGUGUUCUGUGAUGACUGGGAAAUGCAGACUUCCAGAAAGCCAGCUCUUCCUGUCUGAAAAAUGUGAGACGGACCUAAGAGAGAUCACCCCGACAGGAGUGGCUCAGGGACGGGGUCAGACGCUGCCCCCCAGCUGUGCUCUCGACCCGGACCACCAGCGCAUUUGUGGCUAGUGAUCUUCCCGGUGCAUCCCACCUGCUUUUCAGCUUUUCUCCAGCCGUUAGGUGGUCUCCAAGAUGGCAGCAGUGUCUCCAGGGCCCUUCCUUCACGCUGCGAAGCCUGGGAGUGGAACUUUCUGUAAAGCUCCGUGGAUGACUCUUCCGUUGUUCAGAGGGGAUACUGUACUCCAGGCUUCGGACCUCAUGCCUUGCAUCAUCAAAAGGGUUUGGGGUUUUGUUCCUGAGAGGGUGGUUUGUUUUUUUUUCCUUAUUUUGGCCUUUCCUCUCUUUGUCUUUUCACGUAGACCAGAUAUUUGAAAGGGCAGACGAUGGCUAAAGGUGUAACAUGCAGCUUGUUUCUACGUUGUUUGGGGGAGCUUUGACCUUGGAUGGAAAUGGAACUGUGGACUCAACUGGCCAUGGUGGCCCACUCACCCUCCCCUCUUCCCUCCGGUUCAGUACCUGUUGUUUCUCCUUUCAAAUAUGUGAUUGUACUAGCUCUUUCCAUAUGAAAGAAUUCUCCUUAUUUAAAUAAAAAAAGUUAAAAAAAAAA